GUCAGCUGUCCGGAACGAAACUGCUAACACCAACUCAAUUGUUCCGCAAGUAGUUAAUUUCCUAGUUCACUCCUGUAAACUCCUGUAGCCAUGUCUUUCGAACUCGCCUUUCGUAGUCGUGUUGCCUCCAUUAUGGAAACUUUGACAGCAACAGCCUUGCAAGACAUCUGUCAACUUAUGGGAGAAACCUAUGCUGCUCUUCGAGUGGAAAUGGUGCAUGAACAAAAUCAAAGUUCGAGGACAAAAUUGCAGGCGAUGGAGAAUGGGACAGGGGUGGAGAAUCCAGCGAACUGCAUGGAGCGCAUUCAUAAACUCAGUUUGAGAAACUUCCCAGUUGUCGAGCAAAUCCUCAAUGAACAAGAGGCCAAUGGUCUUUGGCUAGAAGUUGAUCCUACUGUGGAAGACGAAGGUCCACCCUCACUGGUGCCAGAAGGAGAAGAGCCAGCACAGCCUCUUAGUCAGACAACAGACAUGGCUGUCUUUUGGAAGGGGGUGGAGACAUGGCCUGCACCACCAGUCAUCAAACAGGAGGAAAUGGAUGACGACGACAUGGAGUCUCAAGCGUACGACAAAUGGAUUCCAGUGACACACUGGGCCAAUCAGAAUAUCACAGGAGAAAGUGACGAGCAAGAGAGAAGUCAAUCAUCUGGGGGAUCCAAAGAACUUGGACUUGACGACUUCAAGACGGAACCGAGUCCGUUGCUGGUGUCAGCUGAGGAUGCUGCUCCACCCAUAAAGAAGAAAUAUGAUAAAAGGUACACCUGUGAAAUAUGUGGAAAGACUGAGAACAAGAAAGCCAGAAUGACGAGUCACAUGCGAAAGCACACAGGGUUGCCCUUUAACUGCGAUAUCUGUGGCGAGAAAUUCCAGGCUCAGAAAUUAUUGACCAGACACAAGCGCUUCAAUCACUACACAGGGAUCAUCUACAGUUGCUCUGUGUGCGGAAAAACGUUCAUGCAGGUCACAUCUCGCGACACACAUGAGCGUGGUCACACUGGAAAAAACUAUUGGUGCUCAGACUGUGGCGAGACAUUCAAGGAGCGCCAGGAACGCGACACACAUGAGUGUAUUGUUUACAAGGGAGACCGGCCCUUCAGCUGCUCCGAGUGCAACAAGGACUUUGAAAGGCAGUACCAUCUCAAAAAACACCAGCUGGAAAAACACUCUCAAAUGGUGGAGCAAACUGUCGACCCAGAACCUGAGUCCAAGGACAUUGAGGACCAACAGAGUCAGUUUGAGUCUGAGAGUUCUGAGGCACCCACACAUUUCACCUGUGACAUAUGUGGAAUGACUAUUAUGAAUAAAGGCAACAUCAACAGACACAUGUUAACACACACAAAGAAGCCCUUUAGUUGCGAUAUCUGUGGUGAGAAUUUUAAGCGCAAAGCCCAAUUCACCCGACAUCAGGGCAAACACGCGAAAGUUGAGAAAGUAGAAAAACCCUACAGUUGCACUGUGUGCGGAAUGAUGUUUGUGUAUUCUAAAAUGCGCAACAACCAUGAGCGCAAACAUAUUGGAGAAGACUAUUGUUGUUCAGACUGUGGCAAGAAGUUCAAGGAGCGUCAGGAGCACGAGUGCAUUGUUUACAAAGGAGACCAGCCCGUCAGAUGCUCCGAGUGCAAUGAGGACUUUGAAAGGCAGUACCAUCUCAAACAACACCAGCUGGAAAAACACCCUCUAUUAGUGGACCAGACAGUCGACCCAGAACCUGAGUCCAAGGACAUUGAGGACCAACAGAGUCAGUUGUUUGAGUUAGCGGAGAGUUCUGAGACUGAGGCACCCACGCGUUUCACCUGUGACAUAUGUGGUAUGAUUAUUAUGAAUAAAGGCAACAUUAGCAGACACAAGUUAAUACACACAAAGAAGACCUUUAGUUGUGAUGUCUGUGGUGAGAAUUUUAAGCGCCACACCUGUUUAGCCAAACAUCAAGGAAAACACAAGAGUGUUGAGGAGAAAAUAGAACCAUACAGUUGCUCUAUGUGUGGAAUGAGGUUUGUAUUUCCUAAAAUGCGUGACAACCAUGAAUGCAAACACAUUGGAGAAGACUUCUGGUGCUCAGGAUGUGACAAGACGUUCAAGGAGCGAGGGGAUCGCGAUGAGCACAAGUGCACUGUUUACAAGCGAGACCGACCCUUCAGAUGCUCAGAGUGCAACGAGGACUUUGAAAGGCAGUACCAUCUCAAAAGACACCGGCUGGAAAAACACCCUCUAAUGGUGGACCAGACACGUCCCGGUCAUGAUACUGCGACGGUAGUACAGGGAGCACAGCCUUCAAAUGACAAUGACCCUAAGGCCGAUAUGAGUACGUUAGGUGGAAAAGUUCCAGUAACAAACUCGGGUUAAGUUGACACAAGUGAAAUGGCUUCAACUGAAUUAAGUUGUUUUGUUCAGUACAAAAAGGAUAGACAUGGAUUUGAAUGAAGGGGUGACGGAUAGCGUUGGAAAUAGUGUGUAGAACAGUGAUGGGACUGGGAUUCAACCCCACACAGGCAGGGUAUCGCAUCUCCGCCUUUACUGCACAACUAACUUCAGGCACCUGGAUAAUGUUUUACAGCCAUCUUUAAUGCUCAUGUUGGGCCUAGAUUCGAUCUGGACUGUUACAGCGUGCUUCACGUUUCAAAUUACGUUUCCGAUUGAGCCAAAAUAUGCAGCAUUUAACGUGAAUAGACUGAUUCCCAAACCACCCCCUCACCCCUACCAACUCACUCGGAGGGCCCUCCGUUGUCACGUGUUGCUGUCAACUCCCGAGGGUGACUUCCAAAGAGAGGCGAGGGGAUCAAUAAACUGUCUACUUCGGGACACACUCUUGGGUAUACUGAUGAUUUGUCUGGACUUAUGGUUUGUUUACAUAGCAGGUUAGGAGAACUUACGCAGCCGGUUAGGAUAAUUAACGUAGUAGGUUAAGAAAAGGGUUAGAGUUAGGCUUAACUAAAAUGCUACAGUUGUCAACAAAUAGAUGGAGCUGUAGGUCUAGCCACAACCAUCAGCUAUGUCAGGGGUUCCCAGACCCCCCCCCCUUCCAACAUUGUGGAACAUCAUGUGCCCCACUUCUAUUUUCUAAGUAUAUUUCUCUGUUCACACUUCCCUUGAUGGCGGGGAGAAUUUUGUAGGUUUAAAGCUCAUUUUUCUUAUUCUAUACAUUUAGCCAAAUCAGUGUGUUAAUGCGAUAUUUGAGUGACUCAAACAUUACAACAAUCUAUGGCCUAAAAAUGUCUUGACAGAAAGGGUUGUAUUAGAGUUGUUAAACAAAAUGGAAUUGAGAAAUAUUUGUGACUCUGGUUUCAGUAACAUCAUUUUUUUUUUAAAGGUUUGUCAACGAUAUGUUCUUGUUUAUUGAGAGGAAUAAAAAUGUGUAAAAACCUG